GAGAACAAAUUUCAGGUGUUCCAUCAACAAACAUUCUGCAUUUGCAUGCUGUUGCAAAUCGUGUUUCCCUUAUAAUAGACGAGCUUCUUUUACUCGUUCGUAUUGGAUUCCUGAAAUCCUUUGAAAACAUUAAGCAAUGGGAUUCACAACAUCUGCCAACAAAAGAGAGGGAACUCCUGUUAAAGCUAACGAUCUCCAACUGCUUCAAUGCUUCUCAAUUCUGAAAAUUAAGCUCCAAUUAUGGGCUAUCCUGUUACUAAUGGCCUUGUCUCAAUCAGAGGCAUUUGAUCCACUGGAUCCAUUUGGAAAUAUUACAAUCAAGUGGGAUGUAGUAUCAUGGACAGCAGAUGGAUAUGUGGCCUCGGUAAUUAUGAACAACUAUCAAAUGUAUCGGCACAUCAAUACUCCUGGUUGGACCUUGGGUUGGAACUGGGCAAAGAAAGAAGUGAUUUGGUCCAUCGUUGGGGCACAGGCAACUGAGCAAGGUGAUUGUUCAAAGUUCAAAGGAAACGUACCUCAUUGUUGCAAGAAAAAUCCCAUAAUUGUGGACUUGCUUCCUGGAGUCCCUUACAACCAGCAGUAUGCCAAUUGCUGCAAGGGCGGUGUGGUGGCAUCCUGGGGCCAGGAUCCUUCAGCAGCAGUCUCUGCCUUUCAGGUAAGUGUUGGUGUUGCUGGGACUUCCAAUAAAACCUUAAAGCUUCCCAAGGACUUCGUGCUUAUGGGCCCGGGACCAGGGUACACUUGUGGCCCUGCAGAGGUCGUUCCAUCGACAGUUUUUUUCACACCAGAUCACAGGAGAAAGACACAAGCAUUGAUGACUUGGACUGUCACAUGCACCUAUUCCCAGAUUCUGUCGUCAAAGUACCCAAUUUGUUGCGUAUCCUUCUCAUCUUUCUACAAUGAAACCAUGACUCCUUGCCCAUCUUGUGCUUGUGGUUGUCAUAACAAAAAAGAUUGUAUCAUGAGUGACUCGAAGAGACUGACCACAUUGGGAAUAAAUACUCCAAAAAAGGACAAUACACCGCUACUACAGUGCACUCACCAUAUGUGCCCAAUACGUGUUCAUUGGCAUGUGAAGAUCAACUACAGGGACUAUUGGCGUGUUAAGAUUGCUGUUACUAAUUUCAAUUACAGAAUGAACUACACACAAUGGACACUUGUUGCACAACAUCCCAACCUCAACAACGUCACUCAAGUUUUCAGCUUUGAUUACAAGCCUCUUGUUCCAUAUCAAGCCAUAAAUGAUACCGCCAUGUUUUAUGGCAUGAAAUUCUACAAUGACCUCUUGAUGGAAGCUGGGCCACUUGGAAAUGUUCAGUCUGAGGUACUCUUAAGGAAGGAUAAGACUACCUUUACUCUCAAGCAGGGAUGGGGAUUUCCGAGGAAGAUCUAUUUCAAUGGAGAUGAAUGCAAGCUCCCACCUCCGGAUUCAUACCCCUUUCUACCCAACUCUGCCCAUGAAAUCCCAUCAUUCUAUUCAACCAUGGUAGCUAUCAUCCUCUCCUUACUAAUCAACAUAAUGAUGUAGUCUGGAAUUUUGGCACAAUGAAUGGAGAGAUAUUGAUGCAAGACUACUCCAAAAUGAUAAUUUCAAGUACUUUUGUGCAUAUGAUUUUCCCAAUAAUUGACAAAGAUGCAAGUUUGAAUUUGAGAAUGUGGAUGAGUCAACUGAAGCAAAAUCAAACAUUCUGUUGUCAUGCAUUUACGUUUUCAUAUAUUGUUAAACUAA